UGAGUUUUGGGUGUAAUGAUUAAAAGAUUAUAUAAAAAGUGCAGGACCCAAACUCUCGGUCAGCCAGUGACCUAUGUACUCUUGGACUUUCCACAGUGGAAGUUGUAAGCAGAAUCUUCCCUUCUCAAUAUAUUCACCUUCUCAAUAUAUUCACAGGAAGAACACAAAGAAAAUCAACAUGAGUACUGCAGGGAAGGUUAUCAAAUGCAGGGCAGCCAUACUCUGGAAGCCUGAUACACCAUUUUCCAUUGAGGAGAUAGAAGUGGCCCCACCAAAGGCAAAGGAAGUUCGCAUAAAGAUCGUGGCCACAGGGCUCUGUGGUACAGAGAUGAAAAUGUUGGGGGGUAAUACCUGUUAUCCCAUCAUUCUUGGCCAUGAAGGAGCUGGAAUAGUCGAGAGUGUGGGAGAAGGAGUGAGCACAGUGAAAACAGGUGAUAAAGUUAUCACACUCUUUCUACCACAGUGUGGAGAAUGUGCCUCUUGCCUUAAUCCUGAGGGCAAUUGUUGUAUACAACUCAAACAGGCAUACACCAACCUGAUGUCUGAUGGUACCAGUAGGUUUACCUGCAAGGGAAAAUCAAUAUAUCACUUUGCAAAUACAAGCACCUUCUCUGAAUACACAGUGAUAAGAGAAAUCUCAGUUGCCAAGGUUGAUAACGUUGCUCCUCUAGAGAAAAUCUGCCUAAUUAGCUGUGGUUUUUCCACUGGGUAUGGUGCUGCAAUCAACACUGCCAAGGUGACCCCAGGCUCCACCUGCGCAGUGUUUGGCCUUGGAGGAGUCGGCCUGUCUGUGGUCAUGGGCUGUAAAGCAGCUGGAGCUGCUAGGAUCAUUGGGGUGGACAUCAACAAAGACAAAUUUGAGAAGGCAAAGGAAGUGGGUGCCACUGAGUGCAUCAGCCCACAGGACUUCAAGAAACCCAUCCAGGAAGUUUUAGUUGACAUGACAGGUGCUGGUGUGGAAUUUUGCUUUGAGGUCAUUGGAAAACCAGAAAUAGUGGCAGCUGCACUGGCCUCCUGCCAUGAGAACCAUGGGGUCUGCGUGAUUGUUGGUUUCUUGACUUAUGGUGUCCAACUCAACAUUGAUGGCUCCUUGUUCUUCUCAGGACGUACUUUGAAGGGAUCUGUUUUUGGAGGCUGGAAAAGCAAGGAGAGCAUCUCUAAACUGGUUUCCAAAUAUAUGACAAAGAAGUUUAAUCUAGAUACACUAAUUACGCAUACUCUUAACCUUGAUAAAAUCAAUGAAGCAGUUGAAUUUAUGAAAACCGGAAAAUGUAUCCGCUGUGUCCUGACACUUUAAGUACAAUGUAAUGAACGCAAGAUCUGCAGGAUAUUUUGCCAACUAAAUUGCAUUUUGUAUAACUUCCAUGAUUUAGAAGAAUUAUCAUACAAUACUGUUGCUAUUUUCUUGCCUCUGAUGUAUUCAGUAGUGGACUCAUAUCUGGCUUCUGCUCUCGCCACCUCAUCAAAAUGUCUUAUGUGAUCCAGUCCCGCUCUCCCUUUUAGAGCUAGAUUAAGGUUAAUUUGAAUCAUCCACUUCCAAACCCUGCAAACAACACAGUCACCCCAAGAUACUCCCAUUUUACAUCCUAGUUAUCUCUAUCUCUGGGUCCAUGUUUCUUUUCAUAUUAUGUCUCUCAUCCCCAUAAAGUUCUGCUUAUUUCACACCAAAGAAACAGAACUCACCAGUCUCGAGUUUAUCAAAUGUUUAAUUUGAAGCAAGCUGAUGGAAGUGGGAGUAGAGUCUUUAUUACAUCAAUGUAAAUAAAUCCCAGUUAAACAUUAAGUAUUUCAUUCUUAAUAUUACCCCAGAGAAACUUCGACUGGUAUUUCAUCUUAUAUAACCCAGGCUCAAACCAUCACUCAUGAUAUCUCUGUGGUACUCACCUUGUAUCUCAUGGUUUGACAAAGGGACGUUGAAUUCUUUAGUUGGCCAGAACAAUUUAGCUCUCAACAGUUCAUACUAACGGGCUUCAUAACCAAGCCGUCUAGAAUUCAACAGAAAGAAAAAAGGGCUUGAGGAGAAGUCUUUAAUUGCCAGGAUCUAUGCUUCCUGGGAUGCGGCUGGGGUAAUGAGCAAUGAAACUGGCUUUUAUUCCACUCUCCAAGGAAAGAGAGAAUAGUUGUGUAGUUUGUUAUGAAUAUGUGUCACAGUCUUUUCUGCAAGAAGUAGAAGACAAGAUCCAGUGGCGAUUUGUGGUAUCCAGUCCCUCUCUGCCCAUGCCCCCACCUGUCUGCCCUAAUCCUUCUCAGUUCUCCUAAAACCUGGGUUAAGACAGAGCCCUCUUGGGAUAUGGCUUCUUCUCUAUCCCCUUGAUAGAGUCUCUUUCUAGCUCUCUCUCCCAGUACUCACACGGGGAGCUCCCUUCCUGCUUAAAGUCUCUUCUGCUCCACCAUGGGCUUCCCUAGAUCUAAAGCCACUGGAUCAGACAGGGAUCCCACUAGGAAAAGAUGAUUAACUUAAAUGCCACCUAAUAAUUUGUUUUUGUAUCUGAUGUGCUAUUUACUCUGAACAUUUUGUACAAACACAGUUGUCCUUAGGGCCUUUCCCCCUCCCACCUACACAUUUAAAAACUGGCUUGCACAUCGGCAUUAUUCAACCUCCUAUCUGCAUGAGAAUCAGAGAAGACACCUGGGUCCCUGUGCACUGCCACGACUGGCUGCCUCCUCUCUGAUUCUUCAUAAACAACAUUUUGUAUUUUGACAAAGACAGAGGGCUCAGGAUAGGGUAUACCCUAUCAGGGAUGUCUCUGCCAACAAGGAUGAAGUGCUUCCCUUCUCCAUCUUUCCAAGUUUGAGCAGGAACAUCCAUGCUCAUCCCUGCUCUGCUCUCCUAUUCCCUGAGGGGCAGCCAAGGUGUGCCCCUACUCUGCCUGUCCAAUUAACCUUACUAACAGUGAGAACUUGGAGAAGUCUUUGGGUCUUGGGAGGUCUGAGUUUGCCAAAAAAUGUUUUGCUGUAAUCAGUGUCUACAGUCUGCUUCAAUAAAGCCCAAUUCUUUUUUUUAAUAGCA